AGUUUUCCUGUUCACAGAGUGGACCGGCUGAGCCAAACAGAACGCAUCAGCCAAGACCAUGUGACACGCAUUGAGACCAGAAGACAAACCCAGAAAUUCACUGAUGUUGGCAAGGCCAUGGGUCAAGACCGAUUAAAGAUCCCAGCAGGAAAGAGCCCACCUGAAUCCAACCUCUGCUUGAAGUUACCCCAGAGGCAGUGGCUGAUGCCUGGGUAUGGAUAGCUGGGAUCAGACAUAGGAACCAAGCAGAAAGGCUCCAAGUCUUUACUUUGGUAGUCUCAUGUUCCUGGGGACAAAACUGGACUUCAGACCCAUGAAGCAGGAGAGGAGUUGGGAAUGCUGUCGGUUUUUUGGAGACAAUGGCUUGACUUUGAAAGUGUUCUUUACCAAGGCAGCACCAUUCGGUGUUCUUUGGACCCUCACAAACUACCUGUACUUACACGCAAUAAAGAAAAUAAACGCUACAGAUGUCUCCGUGCUGUUCUGCUGCAACAAAGCUUUUGUUUUCUUGCUGUCGUGGAUCGUUCUCAGGGACAGGUUCAUGGGAGUGAGGAUCGUGGCCGCCAUCCUCGCCAUAGCAGGCAUUGUCAUGAUGACCUACGCAGAUGGUUUCCACAGUCACUCCGUCAUCGGCAUAGCCCUGGUGGUGGGCUCUGCCUCCAUGUCAGCCCUCUACAAGGUUCUGUUCAAGCUGCUGCUGGGCAGCGCCAAGUUCGGAGAAGCGGCCUUAUUCCUGUCUAUCUUGGGUGUGUUCAAUGUCCUCUUCAUCACCUGCAUCCCCGUCAUCCUCUACUUCACCAGGGUGGAGUACUGGAACUCCUUUGACGACAUUCCAUGGGGAAACCUCUGUGGGUUUUCCAUCCUCUUAUUGACAUUCAAUAUUGUAUUAAAUUUUGGAAUCGCUGUCACGUAUCCCACACUGAUGUCUCUCGGAAUUGUCCUCAGUGUACCUGUGAAUGCAGUGGUCGAUCACUAUACCAGUCAAAUAGUCUUCAACGGAGUCCGGGUCAUCGCCAUCAUCAUUAUCGGCCUGGGCUUCCUCCUCCUACUUCUACCAGAAGAGUGGGAUGUCUGGUUAAUCAAGUUGCUCACUCGCCUCAAAGUGAGGAAGAAGGAAGAGACUACAGAGAGCAGCGGGGACUUGGGCACAGGUCCCCAGAGCAGGAGCAGAAGAGCCCGCCCAUCCUUCGCUCGCUGAGACCACUCCUCUAGGACUCUGGGAUGCCCCCAUGGUAAUGUUUUUGAGGUCUGUUCCUAAGGGAGGAACCUCAGUUGGGUGAGGUGUACAUACAUGUACAGUUUUGGUAAUCUGCAGUAAGUUCUAUGGUAUUUAUUGGCAUGUCCAAUUUGCUUGCACUUUUCCACAUCAGACCUUUCACUUAAGGGUACCAAUUCAAAAUGGAAGAGAAAAGAACCUCUCAGUGCUUCUUCAGUGAAUGUAAAGUGGGGUAAAAUGAGCCUUGCAUCGAUUGUUUCAGAGGGCAGGCAAGCUGGACACACCGGGGCAAACGCUCUGCCUCUUAGCAACUGAAAUGACAUUGUACACUGUGAUUAUUUUUCAGCUAUAGUAGGUCAUAUUUUGUUUUAUACCAGAAUUGUAUACUUAAUUUUAAGGAAUUUCAAUGAACCAAAAGAUAAUUGUCAGUUAAUCUGGAUGGAUGGAUGGAUGGAUGGAUGGAUGGAUGUGUGGAUAGAUGGAUAAGCCUACAGAUGCAUAGCUGGGUGGUGGGUGGACAGAUGGGUGGAUGGGAAGGGAAGAGAGAGGUGACACAGACAAGGAUAAUGGACAUGAAGAUAAUUGGAGGACAGGCCUGGGCCAGGUCACAUGAUAGAAAGCAGGAAUCUGACCUAGCUGGCCUGCCCUCUUGCAUCUUCACAAGAUCAUGAGGAGAACUUAGUGCCUUCUACGCAUCUCCGUCCUUACCUAUGUGAAGCAAGGUGACAUCAUAUGUCACUGGCGCCGUCUUAUAAUUUAGAUGUAGAAAUAUUAAAAAAACAACACAAACUCUAUGUGUAUAUGUGUGUACAAAAGUGGCAAAGCUGGUGGCCAAUGCGUUUGGAAGGUGGUUGGCAGUGUGGAGCACGCACAGCAGGUGCACUGUGUGGGAGGAAUUGCUGGUGGCUUUCACUUCCAGACCAAGACUGGAACAUUCUUUACUGAGUCUGUAAACCUUUUUAAGAAGCUCUUAAGCACCAGGCUGUUUACUUACACAAUCUAGGUCUGCCGGAAACUUCUAUCUGUGAUAGAUCUGUAUAGAGGGACUGGGGUUAGAGUUUACUAUUUUUGAAGUUUACAUUGUUACACAUAAAUGGGAACCUGAUUUUGAAAUGGUGUCAUAUCCCAAUGGUGCAUUCUGGAACCAUGGAGUCUUUUGUUUCCUGGGGGAAAGGGGCACUCAUGACCUGAACUUUUUAGCCAAUUAUUAUCCUCAGUUUCCAUUACUUGUUUGGCCAAACAGAUUAAUAAAAUAUUUGAAACAAAGAAAGCAUUGAGUAUGCUGUUGGUGCCCCCUUGUCGCCUACCACUAAGGUGGGUCCUGGUGCAGCCUGCAGUGUCUCCCAGCCAGUUCCUGGAAGGUCAGCCUGUCUUGCUGUUGUGAGGAGAGAUGACUGUCGCUGUGAUGACAGAUGACUGCAUGACAGUCGGAGGAACUGUAGGUCUCUGAGGCUGAAGAGAUGGUGCAGUGGGAAAGUACUCACUGCACAAGCA